UUACGAAAUAAUCAUUUUUAAAGUAGAGAGUGAGUGGGCUCGAGUGUGUGGGUGUGCGGUAGGGAAAACACAAUUGCGAAAAUUCAGCUAUACUGGCCACCGAAUGGAUAAUGGGUAUUUGUUUAGACACAGAUGCCAGCGCGGCACAAGAUACCGGCGAACCAGGCAACGAUUGGAGUCUUACACGGAAUCGAAAUGCCCAAAAUGCUGGCGAUUUGGAGGCCGCUGCGGCGGCGGGACGAUUGGGUUCUACCAAUGUCGGCGGUAUCGAUAUGCAAAAUGCUGGAAAAAUCAAGUUCGAUCCGCCCAAAGUGCCAGUGAUAUUUGUUUUAGGCGGCCCCGGUAGUGGCAAGGUCACCCAUUGCGACACCUUCAUGCAGGAGAGACGCGGAGUAACGCACAUCAAUAUGAUGGAUCUGCUGCAGCAAUAUGCAAUGGGCAAUGACAUGCAGGACUUUUCGCAACUAUCGUCGAAAACAGUCACCGAGGUGCUGAUGUUGGAAAUGAAAAUGGCUCCAGCUGCCAAAGCAUACCUGAUAUCGGGAUAUCCACGCUCAAUGCGCGACGUUGUCGAGUAUUCUGAGAAGAUUCAAGUCGUGAAUGGCGUGAUUCUAAUAUCCUGGCGUCAAUCGGUUCUCCAGAAGCAAAUCGAUUAUGGAGCCAAAUUAGGUCAUGUAGUACUCUCCUUAGCCAAAAUGGAAUUGGAAAAUUUCUUCAAAAAUGUGAUGCCAGUCGCCGAUUAUUUUGAUCAGAGCGACAUGUUGUUGGCCGUAAAUGGCGAGCGUGCUCCCACAGAGGUGUACAAAGACUUUCGCACCGCUGUCCUCGAUAUACUAAGCACCCUCGAGAACCAAGAGGCCGUGAUGAAUGGAGUUACAGGUAUGGGCAGAGGGAUACAUGAUAUACCCGGCAGUAUAGUUAGCGUAGACACCGCACCAAGUCAAGCCCAACAAGCGACUCAAAUUGCAGAAGACAUCGCUCCUAAUGUCACCGCGGGAAUCGUUUUGGCCAGAGAUUUGGCCAUUGAGGGUCCAAAUGGAACUGUGGCUGCCCUGAAAACGGGCACCACCAGUGCCGAUGAUGAUAGCGGUGUUGUGGUCACCCAGCAGCCAAAGUUGCGACCAGAUGCUGGACCAAAUGAAUCGGGUCUGCCACCCAUUAUCUGGGUGAUCGGCGGUCCGGGCAGCAAUAAGGCCACUCUUUGCCUCAAGGCCGUGGGACUAAACCCAGGCUGGGCUCACAUUAGUGUCGGUCGUCUUUUGCGAAAUAUCACCGACUCUGCACCACGUGCCAAUACGGAAAGCUUUGCUGUGAAGGAAGCUCUGGCCGCUGGGGAUAUGGCCCCAGAAAAAUCGCUCAAUCAGCUGCUGGAGACCAAUCUACGCCAGUUACGAGACAGAACUGGAAUUAUCAUAGAUGGCUAUCCCCGAAAUCUGCAGCAAGUCAAGUACUUCGAAAACAAGUACAAACAAGCACCUCCCAUUAUCCUGCUCGAUUGCUCGAAACUUCAGUUGGGCAGAGGACGUAUAGACGACACGGUAUCCUCAUUUCGCCGCCGUUUGGAGCUCUUUCGCGAGCAGACCCUGCCCAUGCUUAAGAUUCUGGAUACCAGCAAUCGUUUGCAGAUUGUCGAUGGAGACACGGAUAGUCCGUCGGUGCAGCGUGAAUUCGAGCGCCUCAUCCGGAAUUACAUCCAGCGUCUGUUGAACAAAACCGAUGACACCGACGACACAGCCACGCUGGGCAAUCAAAUGAUGCGCAACGAGCAAACGGAUGCCAUUCUGCACGAUCUGGAGACCAAUGUACCGGGAGCCGUGCCCACGAUUAGUCAUCACGUGAGCAUGAUGAACGGCCAUCUGAAGAGUCGCGGAAGUGCCUUGGGCAGCGGGAAACACCAGGGACAUGGGAUGAUGAACGGACAUGUGCCCGGAAGACCCGGAACCGGACCCAUAGCUCAACCCGUACCCGUCGAUUUCCGGCACAUGCUCGAGGAGGCCGAGCGAUAUCCCGUCGAUUCGUAUAUGUAGACGAUUCGAGGACAGUCGUAAAUCACAGUUUUAUAGUUUUCUAAAGAAACCUAGACUAAGCUAGAUUGUUAAUGCUGGUUUGUUGAAUUUUCGAAGGCGGUUCGCGGGACCAAUGCGUAAGUUAGUCCGGCUAGAUUAAGAGAUAGAAAGGAAUUCAAUUCAAUACUUUAAUUCACUAGACGCGUACCGAGUUAGCCUAAGAGUGCCUUAAGUGCAGGCACCAA